CCUGACAUCUGGGAUCGGCUCCCUCCCGUCGGUGGCUCGGCCUCGCAUCCCUCGCCCACACCGCCCCGGCUGACCCGUGUGCUCUUGCCCCCUUAGGCUGCUGACUGGCGGACGGUGAAAGGAUGACCCUGGCGCGGAAGGUGGUCAGGUCUUGCUCGCUGCUGCUGCUGCUGCUGGCAGAGCCCGCUUGCUGGGCGGCGACUGGGAACCAGCUCUCCCCGGCCUCGGACCAGGAGGCGGACGGUCCCAGCGGCGCAGGGGACCGGCUUCUCCCCCGGGGGAGCUCGGAGGACCGACCGAGGCCCAGGAGCGAGGAGGAGCUCCUCCUGGACAGCGUGACGGAGCAGGCGGGCUUCCUCCGGCCUCGGCUCCUUCGGUCCAACCUGAGCUGCGGCGGCCUGGCCCAGUUCCACCUCGUCCUGCCCCCUUUGGCCAGGGACCUGUGCGGCCUGGUGAUGGUGCUGCUGUGCGGGGCGCUGGGCUGCAGGGAGCGGGCAGGCUCCCUCCUCGCCGAGCUCAUCGACGACAUGGGCAUCGACCUCACCGCGUCGCUGCUGGCGGUCGUUGGCGCCAGCGUGGCGGAGCGUCCCGGCAGCCCGCCAGCGGCCCGCCACUGGGCAGCGGGGGCCCGGUCCCAGCCCCGGUCCCGGUCCCUGGGGGCGCGGUUAAACGUCGAGCAGGUCACCGGCUGCCUGCUGGAGAUGGCCGGGGAGCGGUCGGGCACCGGGGCCGGGCCCUGCUUCGGGAUCCGUUACGCCGACGGCUCCUCGCUCAGGGGCGAGGCCCUGAGCGCCCACGGGACGCGGGAGGCGGCGGAGGCCGAGUGCCGGGAGCUGGGCUCCGCCUGCGCCGGGCUCCGCCAGCGCCGGCCCGGCUCCUUCGCGGUGGUGGGCAGGGGCGGCAGCUACGCGCUGGCGCGGCGCGCCGGGGAGGGAGGGUCCUGGAUCCACGACUGCGCCGGCGGCCCGCCUCCCCGGCGGCGGCCGGGCAGGAGGAGCUCCGAGCGGCGGGUCGCCGUCUACGAGCUGCCCGGCUUCCAGGGGGAGUCGGCCGUCCUCCCGGAGAGCGUGGGGUCCGUGGGCGAGGGGUGGAACGGUUCCAUCUCCUCUCUGAAGGUGGAGGCGUGCGACGGCUGCAUCAUUACCGUGUGCACCGGUGCAGGGUUCACCGGUACCUGCACCAACCUGGACAACCCCACCCAGAACCUGGGUGCCCCCUGGGACAACACCAUCUCAUCCCUCAAAGUGAGCUCCCAAUGCAGCAUCGAGGUGGAGAAGCAGAUCUAUCAGACAGUAGAGUACAUUCCCUACAUCAGUUACUUCUACAACCUCGCCACCUCCAUUUAUUAUUACUCUGUCAAUUGCUACUGGGAGGCAGGGGAGAGAGUGGAGAGCAUCAUCCAAGAGCUGGGGCCAGACCUGGCCAACUCUCUGACUGGGUCGGUGGCCCAGGACGCCCUCUCAACCAUCCAGCAGCUUCACGCCUCGGGGGGACACGCCGGCACGGAGACGGUGAAGGAGGGCCUGCAGGCGGCCGUCCAGAGCGCGGUGGAGGACGCCUCCGCGCUGCCCGGCCUAGGCGGCUGCCGUGGCGGGGGCGACCCGGAGGGCAGGCGGAGGAAGUGUCAGGAGGGCGCCGGGCGGGAGGGAAGGCCGCCACACGGGCCGGGCGGGAAGCACGGGUUGGGUCUGCACCACGGCAGGAAGCAGCAGCCGCAACACGAGCACAGUGGGCACAGAGGGUAA